GUCUCUCUAUGAUAGAUAGAUAUUCUAAAAUAUUAGAUUGUAUCUGGUACAUGUUUUGUUUGUUGUUUUGUUUGAGAGAAUACUAACAAGUGGCCUUUCUCUUUUUUUAUUUGUGUGAUGAAAUUGACAGGUGUUAAAAAAAGUAAAAAUAAUUACCAAUUAGAAUGUCGAUCUCUGCCUGGAAGCCAGCACAAUCCAGCAUGACGAACUUUUCAGGUCGGGGCAUGAUGAACAAGCACCAAGGGAAGGAUAAGGUGGUGGUGGUAUUGGGUGCCACUGGCACAGGCAAAUCGCGCCUGGCGAUAGACCUGGCCACCCGUUUCGGGGCAGAGGUCAUCAACUCGGACAAAAUUCAGGUCUACAAGGGCCUUGACAUAGUAACCAAUAAGGUGAGCAAUGAGGAAUGCCGCGGUGUGCCACACCAUUUGCUCGGAAUCAUUGAUCCCGAGGUGGAUUUCACUGUACAUGAUUUUGUGCAUCAUGCAUUGCUGGCUGCUGAUGCCAUCGUACAAAAGAAUCGGUUGCCAAUCAUUGCUGGAGGGUCCAAUUCCUUCGUACUAGCACUUGUCAAUGACGACACUGAGUUUUCCUCCAAGUACGAGUGUUGUUUUCUCUGGAUGGACGUGGCGAUCCCGGUCUUGCAUUCGCACGUGUCGAAAAGGGUUGAUCAGAUGGUGGAUAGUGGGUUGGUGGAGGAGGGUAAGGCAUUUUUUGACCCAAAAAUUCGUGACUAUGAUUAUGGGAUUAGGCGUGCCAUUGGGGUCCCCGAGAUGGAUGAGUUCUUCAGGAGCGAGGGUCUUGUCGAUGGUGAGACUAGGGCUAAGCUUCUUAAGGCAGCUAUUGAUGAAAUAAAGAUGAACACUUGCAAAUUAGCUUGCCGUCAAGUUGAAAAAAUUUUGAGGAUGAGGGAGGAAUUGGGGUGGCAGAUCCAUCGGUUGAACGCCACAGAGGUAUUCCUUCGACGUGGUGGAGAUGCUGAUGAAGCAUGGGAGAGAUUGGUGCUGGACCCUAGUACAAACAUUGUGGCUCGUUUCAUUUGCAAAGAAAACAUAGAUCCGAAACCGACUGUCGGUACUCCAUCCAAUGCCACUGCAGUAGCUAAGAUUCUUGGUGAGCUUCGGGGUUUCAAAACUCUCAGUUUGGAAUGA